ACAUGUUCUAGUUCUUCUGUGAGACAGAAACAGCUCUCUAUCUCUCUUACGUGGAGUUUUCAUUUUCUAGUCUGGUUCGGUCCCGGGUCUUUGAAUGGCAGUGGUAACCGAGGAAGCGGGCGUUCGUGAACAGGUUAUUCAGCAACAGGUCCGUAUCUCCGAGGACGACAUGCAGAGGAUUGCGGAGAUGGCGGCCAGAUUGGUACGCCAGGAAAACCCGCUUCAGGAUGGACAGGGCCAUCCCGGUACGCCCGCUCAACAGGGCAUCCCAGAUACAGGUCAAGACGAAAGUCUUAACUUGAGGGUGGACAGCGACUUGGAGGCAGGAGCAAGCCUCACGUUGUCGAACCUCCUCCCAAAGAAUGACAUAGAGUCCUCCUCACACCCUGUGAAAGCAGACGCCAUACUGGUAGCGGAAGGGAUCCCACCGGUACCGGCAAAGCUUGUAGAGAGGAUCAGGGGCUGGUGUUAUGUGGACCUGGCAGACCUGUUGGCAGGAGUUGCCCACAAGCAGGAGGAAUCUUUAAGUCUGUCAGAGGACAGAAUCAUUUUGGUUCAGUCAGUGGACCAAGUGAGGAGAAAGAAGAAACGAAUUGGGGACAUUGCUACAUGGUCCCAGGCUUAUGCCAUCCUGGUGGCAGUGCUAGUAUCAGCAGAGGCCACCACAAGAGAGGAGGCGGCAGGCUUGCUGGCCCAUAUGCAGUCUGUCAUCCAGUUGGGUAAGGAUUUAGGCAGUCUCAAAUGGUUACAAUAUGACCAACAGUAUCGUGAAUGGGCUGCUGCAUCAGGAAAAAGAAUCUGGGGCGAGGUCAACAUGUCCAUUUAUGGGCGGUGCCUCUGCACUCCAACCCCGAGCAGCACAGAGAGAGAGAGAGGAGAUUUGAGAAACCUCAAGCCCAGUUUAAGAAAGAGCCUCGAAAAUCCAAGGGGAAGAACAAAGCUUGUUUCAAGCACAACUUUGAGAUCUCCUGUGGGAGGACAGAGCAGGAAUGCUUCUUUGAGCAUGUGUGUUGGUACUGCGCAGCAGAUGACCACAUUGCAGGGGAGUGCCCUCAGGCACCAAAGAGAGCCAAGUGACUCACGGGGAGGCUCAUCCCUCCAGAACAGUAACUUCAUUCAUCAUUACUCCCGGUGAUUUAAAUUGAUUUGUUGAUAAAGUUAAUUUAAUGAUAAAAACAAUUGUGAUUGAAUUAAUACAAUGAAUACCAUUAA